AUGCGACGUUUAGUCGCCAUACCAUUACUCAUAUUGACUGUCACAUUUCAAGCAGAAGCUGUCAAGAUUAUAGAUAACGGUCUUGCGCCGCCCGAAAUUGUUCACACACCGGUCUCAACAAAACCAAGAUGCAAAGUGUUUGCUCCACCUCUCGACUUGAUUUUUAUUCUGGAUUCGUCUGGAUCUCUUAGAGAUAAAUUCCAGGAUGAAAUUGACAUUAUUCGGAGAAUUUUGAAACAUGUGACGAUCGGAAAAAGUGCGACAAGAGUCAUGUUGAUUCAGUUCAGUGGAACCCAACACUUGGAAUUCAAUUUUGAAAAAUUCACUGAUCGAGAAGAGCUUCUUGCUGCUCUGGAUGUCCUUCGACAUGUUUCUGGAAUCACGAGAAUCGGCGGAGCUUUCGAAUUUGCUCUCCAGCAGUUGAAGAGUCCUGGAAGUGGACUUCGAGAUGGAUCUGUACCGAAAAUUGUGUACCUUCUUUCCGAUGGUCGUACUCAUGACUAUCCAAAAGAUUGGCAAAUGUCGGAUGUUCUCAGAAGAGAAAUUCCAAAUAUCGAUAUUUGGGCGUAUGGUACUGGAGACUACGUGGCAAUGGCUGCGUUGGCGAACUAUACGCAAUCGGAACAGAAAAUUGUGACAAAUCAAAACUUACAAAAAUUAGAACCGCAGUUUGAGAAGUAUCAUGGAACAGAGAUUUGUGAACAGCAACCAACAUGUGUGAAGGGAUCUGAUAAGCCAUUGGAUCUCGCUCUCGUCGUCGAUGCUUCUGAAUCUCUUGAUCAUCUUUUCAGUGACCAGAAAAAGUUUCUUGUCGAACGAGUUCUCGGGAAUAUCAACAUUCAUCCAGAAGCAGUUCGUGUUGCAUUGAUAACAUACUCCGGACAGGCAUUCGUUCAUUUCAAAUUCAAUUCUUUCCUCUAUGGAAACAAUACUUCAGUACAGGGAUUCGUUAAAAACAUUCGAUCAAUCAAAGGCACAACAGCAACAAAUGUGGCAUUGAUGGAUGCUUUUGAUCUAUUGACUUCGAAAGAUCCAUCGACUGGAGUCAGGGAAGGAGUUCCCAAAAUGGCAUUGGUUCUUACUGAUGGACAUUCACACAAAUCUCCAAAAGCAAUAUCUGAAAAGAUGCGUGCAGCCGGAAUCAUAAUGAUUGCUGUCAGUGUAACACCUCGUCCACUUGUCGAUGAAGCUGAACUUCGAUUGAUUGCUGGAGAUGAUAAGAGAGCUUUCACACCACCUAAUCUUCAUGACUUCGAGAGUGAAUUCAUGAAAUACGUUGGAUUCGGAUGCGAUGGAAUCGAAUUGCCUCCAGACGCGAAACCUCAAGUGAGAGGAGCAACUGAUGUGAAGUGUACGGAGCAUUCAAUGAGUAUUGUAGUGAGAACUCAAAGAGCACUUCAAGGAGUUAUGUAUGCACACAUGUAUCAUGAUGAACCGGAAUGUAUGAUAAGGAAAACGGAUAACAGUAGAGAGAUUCAGAUGACUUUUAUGGAGGGAAAAUGCGGAUUAGUGAAGACUCCGACAGCUGACGGUCAUGGCUAUCAUUUCAACAUUACCGUCAUCCUUCAAUUCCAUCCUCUUAUCAUUACUAGAGCUGAUCAAGGACUCGAUAUGUCUUGUUUCGUUCCAUCGGCUGUUCCAAGACAAGAGCUCGAUCGAGCUGUUUUCAAGAAUGCAGCUGAUACUCAAUGUGUAUACAGACUUCAUAGAUAUUCUCCUGGACAAUGCGUCGCUUUGGAUGCAAAAGUUGGAGAGACACUGUAUCAUCGUUGGGAAUGCGAUAGCCCGCCAGAGUACAACUACUUGGUUCAUGAUUGUUUUGUGGAGUCCGAGAAACACAAUCAACAGAUUUUGGAUGCUAAUGGAUGUGAAGUCGAUCAACAUUUCUUAGAAACUCCAAAUUAUUCUCGAUUCAAAGAUUAUCCAGAAGAUUCGUACGUCUUCCAAGAGAUGUCUGUUUUCAAAUUCCCAGGCGACGGAGAUCUUCUCUUCCACUGCAAAAUCUCUUUGUGUAACAUGAAUGAUCCAAAUGCACCAUGCAAUCAGAGUAUUCCUCCAAAAUGUCCGAAAAAGGUUCCAGUCCUUCCAGUUCGUCAGAAACGAAGCACAUCUUCUGAUCAAUGGAUGUCAGCUGAAUGGCGAAGUAAACAGAUCAGAAAGAGACAAAUUGAAUUGAAAAAUAGGUCAAGAAGACAGAUUGUGGAGACAAAACCAGGAUAUUAUAUGACUCUUCAAGUGGAAACGAGAACUUUAAAUGUCCUCCUCAGUGAAAGUAUUCGUCCAAGAGACUCCGUCAAGUACUGCGACAUCUCCUAA